AUGUCUAGCACAAGUGUGGAAAAUAUCGGAGGAGACGUCCAGGAUUAUGAUGGUUCAGGCAGUAUGUGUUUGGAACUGGCUCUGGAAGGAGAACGUCUCUGUAAGGCAGGAGAUUGUAAAGCUGGGGUGGCUUUUUUCCAAGCCGCUAUUCAAGCAGGCACUGACGAUUUAAGAACUCUUAGUGCCAUUUACAGUCAAUUAGGGAAUGCCUAUUUUUAUUUGGGAGAUUAUGGCAAAGCUAUGCAGUAUCAUAAACACGAUUUAACACUAGCAAGGACUAUGGGCGACAAAUUGGGCGAAGCCAAAUCCUCUGGUAAUCUAGGCAACACCCUAAAAGUCAUGGGCAGAUUUGACGAAGCCGUCGUCUGUUGCAAGCGCCAUCUGGAACUGUCCAGAGAACUAGGUGAUAAAUUGAGCGAAGGUAGAGCUCUCUACAAUUUGGGUAAUGUAUUCCAUGCGAAGGGAAAGCACAUAGGACGGGUUGGUAAUAAGGAUCCCGGUGAUUUUCCUGAAGACGUCAAAGGGUGUUUGUUGCAGGCCGUGACUUACUAUGAGGAAAAUCUGACUUUGAUGCAAGAUCUGGGAGACGUAGCAGCCCAAGGCAGGGCUUGCGGUAAUUUAGGCAACACCUUCUACCUCUUGGGCGAUUUCGCACAAGCCAUUCACUACCACGAGGAAAGAUUGUCCAUAGCAAGACAAUUUGGAGAUAAGGCUGCCGAAAGGAGGGCGCACAGCAAUUUAGGCAAUUCCCACAUAUUUAUGGGUCAAUUCGAAGAAGCAGCGCACCAUUACAAACGUACGCUAUCGCUGGCACAAGAAUUGUCUGACCAAGCUAUUGAAGCGCAGGCUUGCUACAGUUUGGGAAACACAUAUACUUUACUUAGAAACUACGAUGCUGCCAUUGAGUACCAUUUGAGGCAUUUGCUAAUAGCUCAGAAUCUUUCAGAUAAAGUGGGCGAAGGUAGGGCUUGUUGGUCACUGGGAAAUGCCUACGCUUCCUUAGGUAAUCACGAAAAGGCUCUCAGUUUCGCCAGGAAGCAUUUGGAAAUCAGUAAACAGCUGGGCGAUUCUAUGGGCGAGGCCACGGCCAAAAUGAACAUCUCGGACUUGAAAAAGAUAUUGGACAUACCCGAAAGUCCCAAUGACGAUACUGAUUCCAUGAAAUCGGACUGUUCGUCUAAUGUAGGUCAAUCACAAGUACAUAGGGUGAGACGUGAAAGCAUGGAACAGCUUAGCCUUAUAAAGUUGACCCCUGACGGUAAGCGCCCGGGAUUGUCCCUGCCGCAAAAAACCUCGCCGCCAUCAUCGAGAACCGAAGACGAUUCGUUCUUCGAUUUGCUGUCCCGCUUCCAAUCGAAGAGAAUGGACGACCAACGGUGUUCCUUGACCAUAGAUAACAAGGAGAACACGAACGUGGUGAACAUCCCAUAUAAUAACGACACUCCAGAAGAUUUGAUCGAUAUGAUAGCCGGAAUGCAGAGCAAGAGGAUGGACGAGCAGAGGGUGUCUUUGCCUCAUUUACCGGGUUUACAAUCGAACACUCGUCAACGUCUUUCGGAACCCAAAACAAACAGCAUCCCCGACGACAAUUUCUUGGAUCAAUUGGUUAGAUGUCAGGGCAGUCGGCUCGAAGACCAGCGAUCGCCGUUACCGGCGGCGGCUGUCGACGCCGAGACCGACCCGCCGCCGCCGCCGGCAAAGAGUGGCUCCACAGUCCCGGACGAAGACUUCUUCUCGUUGAUUAUGCGGUUCCAAUCAGGCAGGAUGGAUGACCAAAGGGCAUCGGUGCCGCGUCGGGAAACCAGAAUGGCCAACGGCAGCAUACCGCAUCCGCCCGAUACCGUCAACAACAAUGUCCGAAGUUCGUCGAGCAAGAAAAAAAAGUAA